CUUGUACUUUAGUACAAAACUUAGAAAAACUUAGAAAAAGCGGCGGCUCCAUUUCUAUAGCUGAAACAGUCAAGAAAAGUAUCUUUAUCUGGGGUGGAUUCAAGUGUAGAGAUAAAAAGAAAGGGUUGACACAUUCUUUUGCAACUCAUUCAAAACAAGUUGGAAUGAAUUGACCACAUGCACAGUAUAAGAAGUUGAGGAGGCUGUACCUAGUAUCAAACAUUCCAACCCCUCCUGACUCCUGAGAUAGUCUCAAGUGUCUUCAGGCAGCCUGUAUAUCUCUGGUGUUUGAACAUUAGUAGAGCAAACAUAGGAAGAAAAUGGAUGCUCUUCUUGGGAGGGAUUCCAGGGCUUCCAAGUUCAAGAGUCUUGCAAAGCUCACCAUCUCUAGGAUUGCAGUUCUCAGGAACCAGCACCGAGCUCGAUUUUCCUAUGCGAGAUCAGAUGUUGUUGAGCUCCUACGCCUCGGUCGCCAACAGAGUGCACUCCUUCGGGUUGAGCAUGUGAUCAAGGAGCAGAAUACCUUGGAUGUGUUUGUCCUGAUAGAGAAGUACUGCCAGCUUCUGUUAGAGACCGUUGACCUUCUGCACAAGAACAAAGAGUUUCCAGUCGAGCUGAAGGAGACGAUGUCAAACUUAAUCUUUGCAUCUUCAAGAUGCGGGGAGUUCCCAGAGCUGCAAGAAAUUCGUAGUAUUUUCUCAGCAAAGAUCAGUAAAGGAUUUGCAGCCCGUGCUAUUGAAUUACGCAACCCCUGUGGCGUAAAUCCCAAGAUGAUACAAAAGCUAUCAUCAAGACAACCAAGCUUGGAAACCAGAUGGAAAGUGCUGAUGAAAAUUGCUUCUGAGAAUGGCCUCACACUGCAUCUGGAGGAUGAUUCUCCUUUGGCUCCUAAGGAGAAAUUGCAUAUCAACCAGAAUAUGAAGCAACUGGAUCCCAGCAAACUGCCUAACUUGAAAGAUCCUGAUCCUAGAGACGACACCCAAGAUAUCCCGGAGGAGUUGAAGUUCUCAAGACAAGAUUCCCAUGAGAAUGAUUCAGAUAGUCAUGGUGGUCCAAAUCAUUGCCAAGGAAACAAGAAUGUUUCUGGUGAUAGGCUGCAGAGACCUAAACACCAAGUCGACGAUUAUACAAUUUUAGAAGAAAUCAAGAACUUACGAAAAAAGUUAGGAAUUGAAAAUAUCCGUCCUCCUGAGAGUUUCAGCUCAGAAUCAGAAAGUGAAGAAACAGCAGAAUGCUUCAGCCAAACUCACCUGGAAGAUGGCAACAACAGAGCAAGCAAAACAAGGACAAUAUCCGAUUCAAGUUCAGAUUCAGAAGGGGAAAUCAUCUCCAAGAUAAGACAGUCUCUAGAGCCACAGGGCAAGAAUGAGCCAGAGGUUUACUCAUUAGUUUCUGAAAGAACUGAUGACAGUGCUCGUAUGGGACAUGGAAUCAUUCCAUGGACAAAACACCAUACAUUGGAUUCCGAUGCUAAGCCAGCCUCAAAUACAAAUAAUUACAAAAAUUUUCACGAACACAAUGCAUCUGUAGAUGAUGGAAAUAAACUCGGCUACUUACCUCAAAAGUGGAUUCCACUAAACACUCGUGCUGGUGCCAUGGCAAAGAGUAUAGAAACAAGCCGUUCAGAUUUUGUGGAGCAGUUAAAAUCACAGCAUACAGACACAGCCAAAAACCACUUGUCGGUGAGGACAAGGCGACAACGUUGGGACUAAGAUGUAAUAAAGUUGGUAUUCAGAACUCAGUUACUGCUUAGCCAGGGCAUAUGCUUGCUGUCAUCCCCCUCAUUUUUUUAAUGGAACUAAUUAACAAGUUUUGCAGUUA